AUGGCCGCCAGACAAAGCAGCCGCCUGUUGGCCCCCCUCGUCGGCCGGCGCCCCGUCGUCGCCUCGCGCGCCCGCCCUUUGCUGGCCGUGGCCGCGGCGCGCAAAGGCCUGCACGACGGACCCCCCCGACGCAACAAGCCCGGCCACUACGCGCGAACCGACUCCGACGUGGAGAUUGAGUACCCCGAGGAGCACGAGCUGCCCCCCUCGAAGCCCGUCCGCGGCCUGCCGGGCCAGUACGUCAAGCCCACCCUCGCCAGCUUCUCCCUCGACGGCAACGUCGGCCUCGUCACGGGCGGCGCGCGCGGCCUGGGGCUCGUCAUUGCGCAGGGCAUGGUCUACUCGGGCGCCGAUCUGGCUCUCGUCGACAUGAACAAGGACGAGGCCGAGAAGCAGACCAAGCUGCUGAUGGAGGCGUUCACCAAGGAGAACCCCAACGCCGAGCGCGUGCCCAAGGUCACGGCCCACUACGCCGACGUGUCGGAUCCCGCGUCGGUCGACGCCUGCAUCGCAGAGGUCAUUGCCGAGCACGGCAAGAUUGACAAUCUCGUCACCUCGGCCGGCUUCACCAAGAACUUCGAGGCCAUCAACUACCCCAUUGACCGCAUGCGCAAGCUGUGGGCCGUCAACGUCGACGGAACCUACCUCUUUGCAACCUCGGUCGCCCGCCAUCUCAUGGAGCGCAAGUGUCCCGGCAGCAUGGUCAUGAUUGGCAGCAUGUCGGGGUCCAUUGUCAACGUGCCCCAGCCCCAAGCUCCCUACAACGCCGCCAAGGCUGGCGUCCGCCACCUGGCCGCCUCGCUCGCCGUCGAGUGGGCGCAUGCCGGCAUCCGCGUCAACUGCAUCUCGCCCGGCUACAUGCUCACGGCGCUGACGCAAAAGAUUCUCGACGAGAACCCCGACCUCAAGCAGAAGUGGACGUCGCUCAUUCCCCAGGGCAAGAUGGGCCAGCCGCAGGACCUCAUGGGGCCCGUCACCUUUUUGCUGUCCAACGCCAGCCAGUACGUCACGGGAGCCGAUGUGCGCGUCGACGGCGGCUACACGGUGACGUGA